UAGAUUUCCACAACUGAGCAACCAUAUAAAUGCCCCAUUCCAAUGAUUCUCAGAUCAGAUUCCUAAAUUGAACAAUCAUAUUAAGAAACAACUAGAAAGACUAUCUUUGAAAGGAUCACAUCUGUGCAUCAAGAACAAUGGGCUUUUGCAACAACAUACCAUUACACGGAGCCAAAUUUUUGCGGUUUUUUGCCUCACUUGUUCUUAUUUCUUCAGUGCUUAACAUGUGGAGAAGCACUGAAGGCUGGUCAUACCAUCACUCAGAGAAAAUAAUGAACUGGGAACGUGCCAGAAACUGGUGCAGGCAGCACUACACAGACAUGGUGGCCAUCCAGAAUAAAGAGGAGAGUUCUCAUCUAAACAACUUCCUUCCAGUAGCCAAAACAGGAUAUUACUGGAUAGGGAUUCGUAAAAUUAAUGGCAACUGGACCUGGGUGGGAACCAAUAAGCAGCUUUCCCAGAAAGCUGAGAACUGGGCAACGAAUGAGCCCAACAACGGAGGAAAUAAUGAAGACUGUGUGGAAAUAUACAUUAAAAGAAAGGUUGAUGCGGGCAAAUGGAAUGAUAUGUCCUGCGCAAAGGAAAAUACUGCACUCUGCUACACUGUGUCCUGCAAAGAUGACUCCUGCAUCAGUGGUCAUGGAGAGUGUGUGGAGACCAUAAACAACCACACAUGUUCAUGCUUUGAGGGAUUCUAUGGAGAAAGGUGUGAGCAUGUUGUGAAAUGUAAACCAGAGGACAUCACCACACCAGAUCAUGCCAGUAUCCAGUGCUCACAUCCUUAUGGAAAUUUCUCAUAUGACUCUAAAUGUGAAUACUCCUGUGAGGAGGGUUAUAAAGUAAAGGGUUACGGUAUGACAAGAUGCACUUCUACCAAAGAGUGGUCAAGCAAACCACCGACCUGUGAACUUGUCCAAUGUCCAGAACUGAAAGAUCCACAGGAAGGCUCUAUGCAAUGUCACCAUCCCAUGGGCAACUUCAGCUACCAAUCCACUUGUGAGUUUGUAUGUGAAGAAGGAUACAAAUUAGGAGACUCCAGCUCUUCUACACUCUUCUGUGGGGCCAGUGGACACUGGAAUGAUUCACAGCCCUAUUGUGAAAUUGUAAAAUGCAAACCUGAGGACAUCACCACACCACAUCAUGGCAGUGUCCAGUGCUCUCAUUCUAAUGGAAAUUUCUCAUAUGACUCUCAUUGUGAAUACUCCUGUGAAGAGGGUUAUAAUGUAAAGGGUUCCGGUACGACAAGUUGCACUUCUACCAAAGAGUGGUCAAGCAAACCACCGACCUGUGAACUUGUCCAAUGUCCAGAGUUGACAGAGCCACAGGAAGGAACUAUGCAAUGUCAUCAUCCCAUGGGCAACUUCAGCUACCAAUCCACUUGUGACUUUGUAUGUGAUGAAGGAUACACCUUAGGAGAGUCUAGCACAUCUACACUGUUCUGUGGGGCCAGUGGACACUGGAAUGAUUCACAAUCCAACUGUGAAAUUGUUCAAUGUCCAGAGCUGACAAAGCCACAGGAAGGCACUAUGCAAUGUCACCAUCCCAUGGGCAACUUCAGCUACCAAUCCACCUGUGAGUUUGUAUGUGAAAAAGGAUACACAUUAGGAGACUCCAGCUCUUCUACACUCUUCUGUGGGGCCAGUGGACACUGGAAUGAUUCACAGCCCUAUUGUGAAAUUGUAAAAUGCAAACCUGAGGACAUCACCACACCACAUCAUGGCAGUGUCCAGUGCUCUCAUCCUAAUGGAAAUUUCUCAUAUGACUCUCAAUGUGAAUACUCCUGUGAAGAGGGUUAUAAUGUAAAGGGUUCCGGUACAACAAGUUGCACUUCUACCAAAGAGUGGUCAAGCAAACCACCGACCUGUGAACUUGUCCAAUGUCCAGAGCUGACAGAGCCACAGGAAGGCACUAUACAAUGUCACCAUCCCAUGGGCAACUUCAGCUACCAAUCCACUUGUGACUUUGUAUGUGACGAAGGAUACACCUUAGGAGAGUCUAGCACAUCUACACUGUUCUGUGGGGCCAAUGGACACUGGAAUGAUUCACAAUCCAACUGUGAAAUUGUUCAAUGUCCAGAGCUGACAAAGCCACAGGAAGGCACUAUGCAAUGUCACCAUCCCAUGGGCAACUUCAGCUACCAAUCCACCUGUGAGUUUGUAUGUGAAGAAGGAUACACAUUAGGAGACUCCAGCUCUUAUACACUCUUCUGUGGGGCCAAUGGACACUGGAAUGAUUCACAGCCCUAUUGUGAAUUUGUAAAAUGCAAACCAGAGGACAUCACCACACCACAUCAUGGCAGUGUCCAGUGCUCUCAUCCUAAUGGAAAUUUUACAUAUGACUCUCAUUGUAAAUACUACUGUGAAGAGGGUUAUAAUGUAAAGGGUUCCGGUAUGACACGUUGCACUUCUACCAAAGAGUGGUCAAGCAAACCACCGACCUGUGAACUUGUCCAAUGUCCAGAGCUGACAGAGCCACAGGAAGGCACUAUGCAAUGUCACCAUCCCAUGGGCAACUUCAGCUACCAAUCCACUUGUGAGUUUGGAUGUGACGAAGGAUACACCUCAGGAGUCUCCAGCUCUUCUACACUCUUCUGUGGGGCCAGUGGACACUGGAAUGAUUCACAACCUCAUUGUGAAAUUGUAAAAUGCAAACCAGAGGACAUCACCACACCACAUCAUGGCAGUGUCCAGUGCUCCCAUCCUAGUGGACAAUUCUCAUAUGACUCUCAGUGUGAAUACUCCUGUGAAGAGGGUUAUAAUGUAAAGGGAUCUACUAUGACAAGAUGCACUUCUACCAAAGAGUGGUCAAGCAAACCACCGACCUGUGAACUUGUCCAAUGUCCAGAGCUGACUGAGCCACUGGGAGGCACAAUGCAAUGCCACGAUCCUAAAGGCAACUUCAACUUUCAAUCCACCUGUGAGUUUGUAUGUAAAGAAGGAUACACAUUAAGAAACCCCGGCUCUUCUACACUAUUCUGUGGAAUCACGGGACGCUGGAAUGAUUCGCAACCGAACUGUGAAUUUGUAAAAUGCAAACCAGAGGACAUCACCACACCAGAUCAUGGCAGUGUCCAGUGCUCUCAUCCUAAAGGAAAUUUCUCAUAUGACUCUCAAUGUGAAUACACCUGUGAAGAGGGUUAUAAUGUAAAGGGUUCCAGUAUGACAACAUGCACUUCUACCACAGAAUGGUCAAGCAGACCACCGACCUGUGAACUUAUUCAGUGCCCGGUCCUUGAGAACCUAGCAGAUGGAGAGAUGAGGUGCACUUCAAACUUUAGUUAUGGAAGCAAGUGUAUCUUCAGUUGUGCAGAGGGAUACCGCCUCCAGGGGGGGUCAGAGAUCAGCUGUAUGAAAACCUCAGAGUGGAGUCAGGAAACACCUCGCUGUGAAGCUGUUGUCUGCCCACAAAUUCAGGAGCCAGUCAACGGCCACAUGAACUGCUCAUCUGCAGAACCCACCUUUGGCACUGUCUGCACUUUCAGCUGUCUUGAUAACCACCAACUUCAAAAUAAUGAGACAGUGUUGUGUAAUCACACUGGGAACUGGUCAGGGGAAGUGGCGGUGUGCCAAGCUCAUUCUGAGGCCUUAGUGACAGAGGUGACUCUUGGGGUUGCAGCUGCUGUCGGUAGCUCUAGUUUGUUAUUAGUCCUCUGGAUGCUAAAGAAAUUGAGGCGUAAUGCUAACAAGUUUGACCUAAACAGUAACUCAGAAACUGAGGAUCAUCCUCAGGUUUAUAAGAACAGUAUUGAUAGUCUCAUAUAGAGCAGGAAAGCACCAGAAUACACAAAGGACUCCACCAUUGCUGUAUUGUUGGACAUAGAAAUCUACUGUAUGUUAUUGCAUUUCCAAAUAGCGCACUUCACAAGAUCUUCAUUAGAGUCCCACACUGAUGGGCAUUAUCAGGCAACAAUUUUCACUGAAUGUGAUUUUUACUUCCCAAUGGAAGUGUUUAUUAUUUACUUAAUUGAGCAUAUUGUUCUUCAAUGUGUUGUGUGUACAUUUUCUUUUUUUAAUGUUAUUAAUAUAUACUAUUUUAUUGUACUUAUUUAUUUUAUUUUAAAACAGUGUUUGUCUAAUUAAACUAUUUAACACAAUAAACCUAAUACAUUUGGUAUUUCUUAAAGAACGGUGACUUCAAUGGUUUUUCAGUGCAAUUUUCACCUUUACACGAGUGCCUUAAAUUGCAGAAAUCCUCAAAAAACAAAAAACAAACAAACAUCAAUUGCCCUCAUCUGGAUGAUUUAGCAUCAACUCAACAUCAGUCUGAAAAGAACAUUAAAACAAUAGCAUCUUAAUUCACUUGAUCAUUCCAUUUAGAGACAGUUUUGCAGUUAGCAGUGUGUUUGAAUUUCAACACCUUAAUAAAAGACAGAAUAGCAGUGAUUGUACUACUCCUGUUUCUUUUCUCACCUAUGAGUUUGUAAACCCAUUAACAUUGUGAAUGCAGUGAAAGGUUUUGUUUAAAUAACCCAGGUCAUAUUCAUAUGGGUGCAUCCUGUGACUGUGCUUCCCAGAAGCUGUGUAUAAAUAAGUUUAUUCAUGUCCUGUAAGCUUUUUUUUAGUGUGUUCACUUUUUCCACCUCUUUUUUGUAACUUUUCCCUUGAUUAUUAUGAAUUAUCGCUUAGAGGUUGUAAUGCCUUAUUUACGUUCUUUUGAAAUAUACAAAAUAGGAUUCAUGUGGUCAUAAAGAUAUUUUUGAUUGUUUAACACAUGAUCAAUUAAAAUCUCUUUAUCAUCACAUGCAUUAUCUAUGUGUCAAAAUUUUAUUUGUUCUAAAGAUAUGAUUUUAUGGAAAGAUAAAAGAAAGUAUACUAGAUGACCAGCCAUUUCCAGAAAGUGCCCUUGUUUCUCAUGACGUUACAAAAUGUUUAUUCAUUCAAACCAGUGAUGAAACAUCCUGCAAUCCUGAUAUAUAUAUAUAUAUAUAUGCUGGAAAAACCCACCUCGCUAACAGCUUUCACAAUGAAAGAGAUUUUAUGGGAGAACAGAUUACUGAAAUGUAACUAGAGGUGCUAUAAAUACUAUUCAAGCGAAUACAAGUGAUUCAAUUGAAAGGAAACUUAAGAAGACCAUGGUAUGUAUCAGUUAUGAAUCUACAGUUUUAUCUUCAGCUUGCUAACAUAUAAGAUUCAAUUCAAACCUUGCAAAAAAGACUGUACUUGAAUACAUUUAUAUGGUUUAUAUAAGUGGCUAUUUUUAAUGUUCAGAUUGGAGGUGUUUUGAAGCUAAGAGCUACAUCUGUGCACAUUGCACUUUUGAUGAUGUAUCUUAGGGUGAUAUUGGGUAAGUGUUUGCUACAUUCAUCCUCUUCGAGAAAAAAAAAUGAUCUUGAAAAUCUCAUAUACUGCUAAAAAGGAUUAACUUCUAUUGUUAUGAACUUUUCACAUUUAACCACUGAUUAACUUUACAGUCUAUGUCGAAGGAUGGACUUACAGUUACUCAAAUAAAACAAUGACAUGGAAUGACACAAGAAAGUGGUGUCAAACAAAUUACACAGAUGUUGUGAUGAUCCACAGCGAAAAUGUAACAAGAUUCCUCAUAAAACAUUUGCCAAAAAGAGCCAGCUCUACCUACUGGAUUGGAAUCAAAAAGAUUGAUGGUAUUUGGACAUGGGUCGCCAAUGGACAGAUUGCUGACUAUCAACAUUGGGCAACAAAUGAGCCCAACAACGAAGAGUCUAAUGAAAACUGUGUGGAGUUGUACAUCAGCAGCUUAAACAAUAAUGGCAAGUGGAACGAUGAGAGUUGUGAAAAGAGUAAGCAUCCAGUAUGCCAAAAAGGUAAACAGAUGGACUGGCAAGGUGCAAAAAAGUGAUAUGUUAAGCCUUACAUGUUGCCUUUAUUUCCAGUUAAAGCACAUAUUUAUGUUACAGUAAUAGCCUUUACGAGUAUUGUGAAACCAUCUCAAAGACGUAAAUAUUGGGUGCUUAAAUGAGUUGUUCACUCAUAGUUCAUUCUGUCAUCAUUAACAUAACCCUCAUGUUGUUCCAAAUCCGUAUGCUGAUCUCUCUUCCGUAGAGCACAAAAGGAGAUUGUGUCGCCUCAGUUACCGUUCACAUUCAUUGUACGGAAAAAAGAUGCAACAAAAGUGAAUGGUGACUAACAUCUCAUACAGGUUUGAAACAACAUGAGAGUGAGUAAAUAAUGACAGAAUUUUCAUUUUUGGGUGAUUUAUCCCUUUAAAUUAUAUGAUUUUAAACAAGAAAGAAAAAUAGAAAAGCACAUAAAACUUUUUAUUUAUUUAUUUAAUAGUCUAGAAAAAAGUGUCUCCUAAAUCUGUAUAUUUUCUCUCAGCACAAUGUCCAAAUAAAGCAUGCAGUGAUAGAGAAGACUGUAUUGAACAAGUCAACAACUUCACCUGCGUGUGUAAGCCAGGUUUGUCUGGACCGUGGUGUGAAACAGGUCAGAACAAACUGUAUACAGGAAUCCAAAUGUCCAUUUCAUACAUUAUAUUUAUUGAUGAAAUGAGAGCCAGCAACUGUAACAAUCCAAAUUAUCACAAUGUAUGUUGUGGUAAUGUUACUUUGACCAUGACACAUUUAUGGUUUAAAAUUUUUUUUUAAAAUCUUUAUUAAAAUGUUCAUAAAUAUUAUGAUUAUUUGAUGUCAAAAAUUCCUUGAUCAUGCAAGCUCUUCCCUCUCUCCAGCUGUAUCAUGUGAGAAGCUAUCCACUCCACAGCAUGGCCGUAUGGAUUGUUCUGGUCUGUACGGGAAUCAUUCCCUCAACUCAACUUGUACAUUUAUCUGUGCUGGAGGUUACAAACUGAUUGGCACACCUGAGCUCAAAUGCAGUUCCUCUGGUGCGUGGAACGCACCUCUACCUUCAUGUGCAGCGGAAUGUUAUCCCCUUUUUUUGUUUGGUGGUGGAUUGAUGAACUGCUCAGAAAGGCAUGACACCAACAGAUCUACCUGUAGAGUUCAGUGUCCACCUGGUCAUCUGCUGCUGGGGUUUGCCAAGUUCUCCUGCAGGGCUGAUGGCACAUGGGUGUCUUCAUUUCCACUAAUGUGUGCAAGUGAGGAGUUUUUUAACAUUGAAAAUUAUAUAAUUUUUAUGGUUUAAUAGAACAAGAGUUUCCCAUUUGAUUACAGUAAAUUGUUGUCCUGUCUCUACUCAGGUUAUGUCAAUUUCCUAAUGCCACUUUUGGGAUGUUUUGUCCUCCUAAUGUUCUGUUGCUGUUUAUUUUGCUGUUCCAACUGCAGAAAGAGUGAGUAUAGUGUAAAGUCUGUCUGUGUGUCUGUCUGUCUGUUUCUAUCUAUCUAUCUAUCUGUCUGUCUGUCUGUCUGUCUGUCUGUCUAUCUUUCUAUUUAUCUAUCUAUCUAUCUAUCUGUCUGUCUGUCUGUCUGUCUGUCUAUCUAUCUAUCUAUCCAUACAGACAGGCAGUCAGAUCAAGGUAAAGUAUGUUUACUGUAAGUUUUCUUGCAAAGGGUUUCUUAUUGUACUUAUUUAUAUUUUAAGUGUGUUGGAAUAUCUCUCUUAUUGCACCAUGUUUCUAUCAGAACUCAACAAGAGACGAUGAAUCGAGCGUAUGAAGCAGAACACACACCACUAGAGGGCCCUGUCUGUUCAGUAUGAAUGUGUCUCAUCUGGCAACAAUAAUGUAGAUUCCACUUAUUCAGAAAAGCUUAAGUUAAAA